GCUCCCGCAGGAAAAGCGCCGGCGCUGACCCAGCGCAGAGCAGCCGCUCGCGCCCAGCGGUUAGGGGCCGCCGGUGUUGUAGCGGCGGCGCUUCGCGGGGCGGCGGAACGGUGCCGCGCGGCUCCUGUUGCCGCCGGACGCCGGGAGCGUGGCGGCGGCGAUGAUGUGGGGCGGCGGGACGAGCCGGGCCCUCAGCCGCGGCCUGGCGGGCCGGCGGGCGGCGGCCGCGCUGCCGCGGUGCCGGCGGGCUGCAGGCGAUGACCAUGGUGCGCUGUCUUCUCAGACAGGCCCAACGGGUACUCUUGAGAACACUAUCUGGAAAAUACAGCUGAAAUCCAGUAGUACUCUGCCUGUCUUUCUAACUGAAAUAAAGAGUCUGUUCACCAUGAAGAGACUUUUCAGCACUUCACACUCAACAGUAGAUUCAAAAGAAAUGAAAAAAUUCCAGCUCCUUGCACAUAAGUGGUGGGAUGAAGAAGGAGAAUAUUCAGCUCUUCAUUCUAUGAAUGAUAUUAGAGUGCCAUUUAUUAGAGAUACUCUGUUGAACAUGAGUAAUAAUCAUCAACUAGGAAACCCGCUUUCUGGACUUAAGAUUCUAGAUGUUGGCUGUGGUGGUGGAUUGCUAAGUGAACCUCUAGGUAGGCUGGGAGCUUCAGUUACUGGAAUUGAUCCUCUGGAGGACAACAUUAGAACAGCAGAUCAGCACAAGUCAUUUGAUCCCAUCCUGGCCAAGAGAAUACAGUACAAGUCCAGUUCACUGGAGGAGAUUGUGGAAGAGUCUAUGGAAACCUUUGAUGUAAUUGUAGCUUCUGAAGUAGUGGAGCAUGUGGCUGACCUUGAAAUGUUUAUCAAGUGUUGCUAUCAAGUGUUAAAGCCUGAAGGUUCUUUAUUCAUUACUACAAUCAAUAAAACACAGUUGUCCUAUGUCCUGGGAAUUGUGAUUGCAGAAAAAAUAAUAGGCAUUGUUCCAGAAGGAACACAUGAGUGGGAGAAGUUUGUUCCCCCUGAAGAGCUACAGCGCCUCCUGGAAUCCAGUGGCUUUUCAGUGAAGGCUGUGAAUGGGAUGUUGUACAAUCCUCUCACGGGGUCAUGGAGUUGGAUGGAAAGCACAAGCAUUAACUAUGCAAUGCAUGCUGUGAAAUCCGGGGGUCAGGGACAGUCAAGCCACACAGACCCCUCAUCAGAGAAGCAACAUGGACAGCACUCUGCCACAGCUGGCACUAGCAUGUGACUGAGACAUGUGGUGACAGACUGCCACCAGGGACAGAAAAGAAGGUUUUACACAGAUGGACAUCAUAAAACCUUGUGUAACAAGAAGUUUGCUGUUUGCAUGAAUAAUGCUUAUACUUUUUUGGGCCAGUUAUCUUAGGGCAGUCUCAGAAAAAACAAGUGCCCAUUAUCUUAAGAAUCAUUUAAGAGUGAGAUGACUGAAGCUUUUGAAGAGUAAGUAUUUUUAUAAGAAGACAGUUGCAAAUUAUCAGAUAGGGAAAUGUAAAUUAUUCUGUCAAUAGCUUGGAGGAAGCUCUUCUGUGACAUUUUUUUUCAGUCCUACCAGGAAAACUCAGGUCUCCACAGAAUAAUAGCUCAAAUGUGGAAGGAGUUUUUAAAAUACAAUACUGUAUGGUAAAUAAAAUGUCUUAAAUAUUCAAGUUGCUGAGGCAGUUAAAAUAUAAAUCAUUUAAACUCCCCCCCCCCAACACCUGCCAAAAAAGAAAAAAGUUUCAGUAUUAUUAUUAUGCCUCUUCCCUGGGAAAAAGUGAAAGAACAGCGAACCUUUUUUGACAGGUCAUGCUAUUUCUACAGUUGACAUGAGUUAGCUGUGCAAUGGAAGAAGAGUCUCCUAGACCAGAAUGCCUCUGUGUUAGAAGUCUCUUCUCUGUAAAGGUACUGUGCCUAUAAUUCCAACUUCCUCCUCCACCCAAAUAAAAGAAGAUAAAGUUGCAAAUAAAUUUUAUUAAGCAACUGUAUCUUUAUGCCAGAAAAAUGAUAUGUUUGUAUGUCUGUCCUAGAACUGGAGGGCCAUGCCUACCCACUCUUAAAGUCCUGAUGCCACACAUGCUAAGGAAGAGUGUUGGUCUACAUUGAAAUAGGACAUUCUAAAUAAAAUGACUUGUGUCCAUGGUUAUAUUUCUUUCCUUAAUGCUCUCACUUGUAAAUCUCUCAGCUUGUUUACAGGUACAGAGAUGGGUUGGCUCGUUUUUUAACUUCAAUUUGCAGGGAUGAAAAUUAAAACUUUUUUUGGGUUACUCACGCAUCUCUUGUGGUAGAGGCUUAGUGGGUUAAAUUAUUAUAUUACACAUUUGCAUUCUUGCUAUGCUGCAGUUGCAUGUUGCUUUGGAAUCUAAUUUUUGCGAUGGAUCUGAUGAUGCAGAGAAGUAAACAGUUAAUUUAUAAUGGAAAUACUUGUAAUUCAUUGAUAAAAAGACUGAAAGGGAUUAUCAUGAUUAUUUAGCAUAGCCAUUUCAAUAACAGUGAAUUCUGCAUUGUAAAAUCUGUUUGGGAUAUAGCUUGACUUUUGGGAAGAAGGUUCAUCUUCAUGUAGAGUGUGCAGUGAUGGAGAAGCCACUACAUUGAUAAGCAAGUUGUUCCAAGGGUGAUUAGGUGAAGUAUACUAGCUUCAGAUUCCAGCCAGUUAUGUCUUUAUGGCUUUAUUUGUAGAUUAAGGCCUCCUCUGUUACCAGCUGUCUCUUUCUUGUAAAUAUCCUUGUGGUUUGGAGUCAAGUCAUCUCUUAAUCUUCUCUUUGGUAAAUGGACUGAGAUUGUUAUCUAAGUGUUGCUCAUUACACUGUAGGUUUCUGGCUUCAUAUGAAACUUUUACGUUUUGUGGUAAACAUCUGAUUCCACCCCAACUUUUUAUUUUCCUUUCUGAAGCAUGACCAUGGAAAUGGAUGCAGUAUUCCAGUAAUGGUCUCACUAAUGCUGUCUGCUGCAGUACCACAGUCAUUCUCCUCUACCCGACAUCCUUGUUUUGCAUGGGAGUGUCUGCUCAGCUGGUCUUGCAUGCAAAAUGAGGCGUAGUGUUUGGGAGUGGAGUGUCACACCAGGAAAAAACAUGGAGGCAGAGCAGUUAACAACAGUCUUUGCUCCUAAGAAUGUGGCCUUGUGUUUAGGCAUAUUAAAGCAUGUGCUUUAAGUGAAUUCCCCUAGCUAUGCAAUCUACUCAAAUUGAAGUUAUUUACUACUCUGUGCCUGUUUCAAAUUUUACCAACAGUGAAUUGAAAUAAAUAGGAUCUGAAAAGCACUCAGACCAUGACAGAAUCCUGAGGGAGCCCACUAGAAACACCCUCCAAGAGGGUGAUAACCUGCCAUUCACGUAUUUGAUUUUAAGACCUGUGAGGUAAAAUGAGGUGGAUAAAAUUGGGAUAGAAAGCUGAUUUUUGUUUGCUUUAGAAGCCAUAAAUAUGGAUGUAUAUGUAACCAGCUAUUAUAAUGGUGGUCUUCUCCUUUCCAUUCUUUGCAGUUGCUUGUUGCUUACUUGUAUUUUUUCAUUAAAUUGCAAGCUGCUUGGG